AUGGAGGAGAAGCAGCAGCAGCAGCAGCAGCAGCAGCAGCAGCAGCAGCAGCAGCAAGGACCCUUGCAGGCAUACCUAGAACAAGAAGAAGAAGCAGAAAUAAGCAGAGCGCAGCAUUUGCUUUUUUUGUCUGUGCGGGAUGUUAUCGCCUUAAACCACGGUUCCAUCGCCUCUGUUGAAUUUUGCGAUUCAUUUUUUCGUUUUUUUUCGCAGCAGCAAAAAGCUGCUCUUCUCCUGCAACUCACUCAGCAGCAGCAGCAGCAGCAGCAGCAGCAGCAUGGAGAUGCCCGUGCAGCAGCCGCCCCCCUGAAGCGUCAGCAGCAGCACAGUCUGCUGCUGCAGAUCCCGCAGCAGCAGCAACAGCAGCAGCAGCAGCAGAAGCAGCAGCAGCAGCAGCAGCAGCAGCAGAAGCAGCAGCAGCAAACGGAGUUCGCCCUUGGGUGCCUCCUCCUCCCCCGCUUCCAUUUGUUUAUAAAAAAAAGCGAAAAAAAAAGCAGCAGCAGCAGCAGCAGCAGCAGCAGCAACAGCAGCAGCAGCAGCAGGCUGAGGGACACAAGCUGCUGCUGCUAUGCAGGAGAAUAG